AUGAUGAGUGAGGGCAAAACUUCUACACCUGAACCAGAGAUCCCCGUCACCAUUGCCAUGUCUUCAGGACUCCUCUUCAAGCAGGAACAGCAGAGCUAUGGCCCUGCCUUCAAUUUUGUCAAGGCUCUGAAGGCAGUCAAUGCUGAACUCAGAAACCAUUACCCUGAGAGUGAGGAGCUCUUUAAAGUCAUACUCAUCGAUGACAGCUCAUCAUCAGACUUUCUCAUGGAUCAGAUCCGUGAACAUGAACUUAUCACUCUGUUACCUGUGACUGAAGAUCAGCUUGUGAAUGAGUUAAGAAACAAAACCCACCUGUACCUGUCUGAUGAACCAAACAGGUUGAAGGUUCAGGAAGCUUUGAAUGGAGGUGUAGCAGCUGCUAUCAUGUCCACCCCAACAAACAUCAUCACAGAGUCUGAGAAUCAGCUGCGUGUUGCCUUUGAUGGUGACGCUGUCCUCUUCUCUAAUGAGUCAGAGCUCGUGUUCAAGAGUGGUGGACUACAAGAAUACUUGAAGAAUGAGGAGCAAAAUGUUGAAAAUACAAUGAAUGGGGGACCAUUCAAAGGAUUCUUGGAGGUUUUAAUAAAACUGCAGAAAAAGUUGCAUAAUAGAGGCCUGUACAAGAAGUGUCCCAUUCGUACCUACCUGGUGACAUCUCGAGGGGCAGGCUGUGACGGCUACAGAGCUUUAAACACUCUGCAGACCUGGGGUCUGGAGCUUGAUGAAGCUGUGUUUGUGGGAGGGGCUGACAAAGGUCCUACACUGCAGAGGAUCAAGCCUCACCUCUUCUUUGAUGACCAGCAGUGUCACGUUGGUGCUGCAUUGGAGGUCGGCACAGUGGCAUGUCUGGUGCUCUCACCAAACUAACAAUAAAUAGCAAUCUGUUGAUUGGAUUUUAUAACUGCUGGAAAUAUAUGAACUUGAAAAGUAUGUUUCCAUAAUGCUUCAUAAAUGCAAAUAAAUUAA